AUGAUUCUUCUGAUUAUCCUUCAAGCAGUGAAAUAUGGAAUUAGGGUUGCAACCUAUGCUUAUGGAGGGUUCUGUUUUCUUCAAAGAUUAAGGGACUAUUACUCAUUCAAGACAAGAGUCAGAGUGUUUCUCCACCAAGUUUGUGCUUGUCAGCAUUUCAUCAACCGAGGUUCAUUAGGCUUUCUAAGGCGUGGCGAUCUUGGUCAUAUUUCUUUCGGGAACCAUUGCUUGAAUCUCAAGUCAUAUGGGCACAAGCUCUAUUCCAGAGGAGAAGAUUCAGUUGGGCCUUCUUCACGAAUUAGGGUUUGUAUACCUUAUGAUGCAAAGCUCUUCAUCUGGUCGAUUGGCUUACUUGUGAUACAAUCUACUUUCUUUGGAUUUAAUUUCAAUGCCCUAAGAUCAAAAUCUAAAGCUUCAUAUGGAAUAUUCGGGUUAUGGGUUAAGUACAUGAAGACAUCUAAGCAUGUAUUCACUCAAGUUGAUUUAAAGAAGCUUAGAUUCGUUCAUUUGAAGAUAUUUAAGCAAGAGAGUUCAUUCAAAUUGAUAGAAUACGAGACAUUGGGAUUUCAAAAACACAAGGUCAAUGAAGGACUUGGGAUAUCAAAAAGAAAGGAAGACACUUCUUUCUCGGGAAACUCAAAAUCAAAUGAAAAGAAAUUCACAAUAACGGGUAUUCAUUCCCCAAUUCGACCACUUCUCUUGGAGCAACUGCAGCAAUCAGAGGAUCCACAGUCACAUCCUCACAAGCAAGAGACUGAGGUGAGUGGAAAUAAUGUACAGUAUUUUGCUAAUCAUGCAUCUUACCCAAUAAAGAAUUCGCAAGGGCAGAACUUCACGAUUCCAGUUCAGUUGGUAAACUUUUCUUUCAAGCCAAGUGCAACAUCUGAUACUGUUGGUGGCAACAGCAAGCAACAACAGGCUUUAAAUGGGGGAGUUGAGGUUAUACCAUCUCAAGCAUUUGCAGUAUCAUUUGCUUCAUUUAACGGAACAAGUUUUCCAUCAAACCUUAAUUUCUCAUCCAUGAAACAAAAUCCACUGGUAAAUCAAAGUCUGCCUGAUGUUUCACGCCAAGGAUAUCAAGCUAAACAACAUGGCAUGCAACAACAACAACCUGCAACAGCUAUUCAAAAUAAAGCUUCAUCCACCAAUACUGGUUCUGCUACAAAAUUUGCUAACAAUGGCCCUGUUUUCUCACAAAGUCACAAUCAAUUAAAAAGUUCUAACCAAACUUCUCACUCUAAGAUCACGGGAAGAACAGUGGGUUCUCAUGCUAAUCAUUCAUCUAGUAUAACAUCUAAGACUCCAAUCGCAAAAAAUAUUUCUCAGGAGAAAGGAAGAGGUGUCGAUAAAUCAUCAGGCUCUAACAGAAUUCAAUUUGAAUCAACUUGUGAAAACGCUGAUGUUGAGAAAGCUCUAUAUGUAGAUUUUGUACAUAGGGUUUUUUCUGAAAUGAAGUGUAGAACUGAUUUCAGAGAGGACGAUUUCGAUACUUUAAGAAAAUACACUAGCAUCGAUAAAAAUCUUUUGAUAGGUUCUUCAAGUGAGGAUAACAAGCACAUGGUUGCUGUGAAUGAAAAACCAGCAUUACAGCCAAAAGGUUCAAUGUUUCUUGAUUCUUCUCUCCUUGUUUGUCCUGAAAAAUCAAGUGAUGAUACGCAAACUUAUCUCACGCCUUCACCUCAUUCACUAUCAAUAACACCGUGCGUAAAAACAGAGAAAAAGCGGAAAACACAAGAGACAGAAGAAGAACACGCAAGCAGAAGAAGCAAACGCGCAAGCAGAAGAAGCAAACACGCAAGAAGAAGAACUGAGAUAAGAAGAAGAAUAACUAGAGUUACCUGA